UAUUUCAGAAAACGCAGGGGGUUGAUAAAUAAAUAAAAUAAAAUCCGGGUUUCUUCUAAUUUCUAAACUCUAACUGUACAAGCAACGGAAGAAAAAAAACAGUUGUCUAUUGUAAUUCCGCCGCUGGCCGGUCUGCUGCUCGAAUUCAUAUCAAAACCCAAUUUUAUCUCAUGUUAUCUGUUCGGCUGUUUAAAAUGUAGAGGUGGUUGUGACAAUGGAGGUUCUAGCUGAUGAUGCAAUUAUUCGAGAUUCUCGGGUUAAAGCCACGUUUAAACUCGGGUCUGAAACGUACUCCCUUGAUGGAAACAAGGGCAGCACAGUCUCUGAGGAAUUGGUUAGUUUUAAAGAGAAAAGUAUGUUUGUAUUGAAGGAGUACAUUACCAAGCAUAAUGUUCCUCAUGAUGUUCCUGAUGAACUGCUUGAAAUUUCUUCGGAAGAUGAUGCGGAAAUUGUUGAGAAGCCGGCUCAUACAGCCAAGUCGAAGAAAACUAAACUUACUUAGCACUUCUUUCUUUAAACCUUGUAGUAGUAUAUUUUAAAUUCAGCUGCUUGAAUUAUUAAUGUUGCACGAAAACUUGUCAGACUUUUACUUUUCAAUUUAAACGUUUUCAUUUCGGUGCAA